GUGGAACCGAUCAAGUGAUGGUGUGUAAUGGAUAUUCUUUCGAUCUCCUGUCUCCGCACCAAACUCUGAAAGCUUCGAAAACAAGGUCUCGCGAGUUUGCAACAACACAAACAGAUUGCUUUAUAAGAAAAAUCCCAGUACUUAACUCAUUCCCAAAUUAUUCUACGGGCUAAUCUCUCUCACCCUUUGCUCCUGCGAAAAUGGGUAUUACUGCUAAAGUUUUCUGUGCUGGAACUGCUGAUACCAAGCUUGACGAGCUCCAUUUUCUGUCCCAGUCAGUUGGAUCCUCUCUCACCACCUUUUCUAAUAGCUCUUCCUCCAAGGUAGAAGUUGUGAUAGUUGAUGUUUCUGCUGGUCAAAAGGAAACUGAGAGUUCGGGUGAUUUCAAGUUUGUGACAAGAAAGGAACUUCUUUUAUGCUAUUCUGAAUCAGUUGGUGGAAACCCAAUUGCGCUUCCUGAUGAUAGAGGUGAAGCUGUUGAUAUUAUGAGCAAAGCCCUUCAACAUUUUAUUAAGAAGGCUCAUGCUGAUGGUGUUCUUGCUGGAGCUAUUGGCCUUGGAGGCUCUGGAGGCACAUCUUUGUUAUCAUCUGCUUUUAGAUCUCUUCCAGUUGGAGUGCCAAAGCUCAUUGUAUCUACUGUAGCUAGUGGUCAAACUGAACCUUAUGUUGGAACAUCGGAUUUGGUAUUGUUUCCAUCGAUUGUGGAUAUCUGUGGGAUUAAUAGUGUUAGUAGAGUUGUGUUAUCAAAUGCUGCUGCUGCUUUUUCUGGUAUGGUAAUUGGAAAGCUUGAGAAGUUCCAGGAAUCUCGUAAUGAAGGUAAAAAAUGCACAGUGGGUAUAACCAUGUUUGGGGUCACAACACCAUGUGUUAAUGUUGUGAAUGAAAGGUUAAAGAAGGAAGGUUAUGAAACCCUCAUUUUCCAUGCCACUGGCGUAGGGGGAAAGACUAUGGAAUCACUGGUUAGAGAAGGAUAUAUACAGGGAGUUUUGGACAUUACAACUACAGAAGUUGCAGAUUAUGUAGUUGGGGGUGUGAUGGCUUGUGACAGUUCUCGUUUUGAUGUUAUUAUAGAGAAGAAGAUCCCUUUGGUCCUCAGUGUCGGAGCCUUAGAUAUGGUGAAUUUUGGAGCUAAAGAUACCAUACCUUCUCAUUUUCAGCAAAGAAAGAUUCACAUCCACAAUGCCCAGGUAUCACUCAUGCGAACCACAGUAGAUGAGAACAAAAAAUUUGCUGCCUUUAUAGCUGAUAAACUCAACAAGUCUUCAUCAAAGAUUGUUGUUUGCCUUCCACAAAAGGGUGUUUCAGCAUUGGAUGCUUCAGAGAAGCCCUUCUAUGAUCCUGAGGCUACUGGUACUCUUUUAAAUGAACUGCAGAGACUUAUUCAGAUUAGUGAAGACUGCCAGGUAAAGACGUAUCCUUACCAUAUCAAUGACCCUGAGUUUGCGAAAGCAUUGGUCGAAUCAUUUAUGGAGAUCUGUUCAAAGAAUCCUACAGACUCUAGUCUUCCCCAGGUUGCUUCUUGUGAGUCCAGCCAGGACCUUCAAAAGGGUCAUGACUACAGUAUGAACUCAUCGAGCUCUGGGACCCUUACCUAUAGCCCAAGCAACUUCCCUGAUGCAAGACCAGAAACUUUACAAAGAACCCAGGGAAUAUUGCAGCAACUCAGAGAUCAAAUAUCUAAAGGACUAACUAUAGUCGGAGCUGGUGCAGGGACUGGAAUAUCUGCAAAAUUUGAGGAGGCUGGUGGUGUUGAUUUGAUAGUUUUGUACAAUUCAGGACGCUUUCGUAUGGCUGGAAGGGGUUCUUUGGCGGGACUAUUGCCAUUUGCUGAUGCAAAUGCGAUAGUCCUUGAGAUGGCGAAUGAAGUACUGCCAGUGGUAAAGGCAGUGCCUGUUCUCGCUGGAGUAUGUGGAACUGAUCCUUUUCGGCGAAUGGAUUACUUCCUAAAGCAAUUGGAAUCAAUUGGGUUCUCUGGAGUACAAAAUUUUCCAACUGUUGGAUUAUUUGAUGGUAACUUUAGGCAAAAUCUGGAAGAGACUGGAAUGGGAUAUGGGCUGGAGGUUCAAAUGAUUGCAAAAGCACAUAAAAUGGGAUUCUUGACAACUCCGUAUGCUUUCAACACUAACGAAGCUGUGGAAAUGGCAAAAGCGGGUGCCGAUAUAAUAGUAGCCCAUAUGGGACUCACUACAUCUGGAUCUAUAGGUGCCAAAACAGCUGUCUCAUUGGAAGAAAGUGUUCUUCGUGUUCAAGCUAUUGCCGAUGCUGCUCAUGCCAUCAAUCCUAAUGUCAUCGUGUUGUGUCAUGGAGGUCCGAUAUUCGGUCCUUCAGAAGCAGAGUUCAUAUUGAAAAGAACAAAGGGAGUUCAUGGGUUUUACGGUGCAUCGAGCAUGGAGAGGCUACCGGUUGAACAAGCUAUUACGAGUACCGUUCAGCAGUACAAAUCAAUAUCCAUCAAGUGAACUUCGAACAGCUGUUAUUAAUACCCCAUGAUUGAGAUGAAAUAGAAAUAAUUCAAAUAAUACGCGAGAAUAAUGACGAUUUAGUCGAUGUAUAAUGAUGUAAACUUUUCGGCUCAUUGUUCAUAUACUUGAUAAGAACUGAGGCUGUGAGGCAUGUUAUGGCUUUAUCAAAUAAUGCUUACUGACAUAACUACUUUGUUGAAA